AUGGAAAGGAACAAAAUGAGUAGGGACGACCUGGGAAGGCAUAUUGGGAUGGGGGCGAUAUGGGAAAGGGGCGAAACGGAGAAGCGGAAAAUCAAUAUGAAAUUGUUAAUUAUCUCCAUGGUUUUGACGUGUAUGGUAGCAUACAGUCAUGCAAGUUGGGGUCGGGGAAUAACUGGUAAUUUCCAGUAUAACCCCAACGAUGGUUAUAGCUGUAGUUAUGCGGAAUGCCGGCAAUCUGGGCCGGGUAACCGAAGGUUUCAUGUAAUUUGUAAAAAACCAAAUCAGCGCACAUACGACUGUGUAUAUGAAGGCAAUCCACACAACUGCGCCGCUUACAAUAACAAUGGUCAAGCUCGAUAUUACCAAGCUUUGGCAAAAAAGGCCGGCAAUCGACGAGCUCAUGGCUGUACCUAUUGGAAAAUAUGGGCAGAUAACAUGUGCACCAAUAUUCAAAUGAUCAAAAUAAGCGGGUCGGGCAGAAGAUUUCGACAACGAAGCAGCUUUUGCAGUGAUAACUAGUAUGCUGGUAAAAAAUGAUGAAUACAUGCCCAUGGUCAAGAAAUGAAAAAAAGGAGAAUUGAAUGUAAUAUUACUAAAUACAAAAUAAAUUUUAUGAAAUUUGAAA